CUUGUGACGUGAGGAGCUUGUCUCUUCCUUCCUCCCGUGCUUGUCUGCUCUCGUGUAAUGAGUGACACUUAACUACUUCAUAAAAACCUCAGAUACUUUCGAAGCUCAACAUCAUCAUCUUCCCUCAAAGGAGCGCGGAGACGCCUCGAUGCCGCGGACCACGUGAAUUACCUCUGAGAACUAUAUACGUGCAGCGGAAAGUGAUUAGGAAAGCAAUUAGUGGACGUCCGGUUUACAGACUGAAGCAGAAGCCGAAGGAGGAAGAGAAGGAGGAAGAGGAAGAGGAAGAAGUUGACCAGGUGACGGAGGACGAGGAAGACGAAGAAGUUGACCUGGUGACCGAGGACGAGGAAGACGAAGAAGUUGACCUGGUGACGGAGGACGAGGAAGACGAAGAAGUUGACCUGGUGACCGAGGAGGAGGAAGAGGAAGAAGCUGACCUGGUGACCGAGGAGGAGGAAGAGGAAGAAGAAGGUGACCAAUUGACCGAAAAGGAGGAUGAAGAAGUUGACCAGGUGACCGAGGAAGAGGAAGAAGUUGACCAGUUGACCGAGGAGGAGGAAGAAGGUACCAGUUGACCGAGGGAGAGGAGGAAGAGGAAUAAGUUGACCAAGUGACCCCAACAAGCGACCCAGCGCCACCACCUGUUGACCUGCCUCUCCCUCCCUCCCCUGCCUCCUCACCAUGACCUCCUCCUCCCCCGGGUCCUCCUCCUCCCUCAGAGCCCGCACCUUCUGCCUCGCCUUCGUCCUGCUCCUUAAUCAGCACACAGGGUGUGCGGGCGAAGGGUUCCAGCGGUUCUUGGUGACGCCGGAGAGCCUGGUGGCGCGGGAGGGCGAGGACGUGACCCUGCGCUGCGUCGUCCAGAACCAGCGAGGCAAAGUGCAAUGGACCAAGGACGGCUUCGCUCUGGGGUUUCACCGGGACGUGCCAGGGUACCCGCGCUACACAUACCUCGGAGACCCCGCCAGAGGGCAGCACCACCUCUCCAUCACCAGCGUGGCGCCCUCAGACGCUGGGGAGUACCAGUGCCAGGUGGGGCCAACGGUCUCCAACCCCCCCAUAUGGGCCGCCGCGAACCUCAGCGUCGUGCUUCCCCCCCGCGGCAUCAGCCUCGUGGGCCAGAGUGACGGCUCGGCGGUGGAGGUGGUGGCCGGCGCCUCGCUCACCCUCCGCUGCCGUGUGCCUGACGCGCGCCCGCCGCCAACCCUCCUCUGGUACCUGGAUGAGAAGCAGCUCCCGAAAGACCAGGUGGACUCCCAGGUGGUGCGGUCGGUGGUGCCUCACAGAUGGAGUGUGCGGAGCAAGGUCACGCUGCAGCCCCGCACUCAGGAUGAUGGGGCGCGGGUCAUAUGCCGCGUGCUGCACCCGGGCCUGGAGGGCGGCGGGGCGCUGGCCACCUCCGUGACGCUCUCUGUCCUGCACCCGCCGGGGCCGCCCUUCAUCAGGGGCCUGGCAGAGGGGGACACGCUGCGGGCGGGGGAGCGACGGAACCUGACCUGCACCUGUCCAGGAGGCAACCCUCGCCCCUCCCUCAUCUGGUACCGUGCUGGCCGCCUCUUCGACGACUCCUACACAUCAGUAGUGCAGGAGCAAGGCGUCCUCACCGUCAACACACUCGAUCUGCUGGCGACGGAGGCUGACGACGGUGUGGUGCUUGAGUGCAGGGCUGCCAGCGACCUCCUGCACCUGCCGCUCACUGCUAACAUCUCGCUCUCUGUCUACUAUGGGCCGACGGCGGUGCGGGUGAGCGGGCCGGCGCGGGCUGAGGAGGGCCAGUCCGUGGCGCUGCGCUGCGAGACGUCGCCCUCAAGCCCGCCGUCUUCCAUCACGUGGCGCGUCAACGGGGAGGAAGUGUCUUCGGCCAACGCUGUGGUGAAGCAGGCGCCUUCCGGGGGUUGGGUGACCUCCUCCAGGCUGGUGUGGCAGGUGGAGGGGCCGUGGCAGGGCCAGGCGCCGCGCCAGCUGUCGGUGGAGUGUGGGGCCAGCCACCAGUCCCUGCGGCAGGCGCCUCACCACACGCUCCUCAUCACCCUCGUCAAGCCAGCCGGUGCCCCCGUGCUGGGCGGCGAGGUGCUGCAGCCGGUGGUGGCGGGCAGUUCCGUGGCAGUGACUUGCGCCAGCCCAAACAGCCUGCCGCAGACCUCCAUCAGGAUCUACCACGGCGGGAGGAUCGUGGCGUCCCGGCUGGAGCACACCCCGGCCAUCACCCAGGCCCGGGGCAGGGUGAGGGUCAACCCGCCGGACAACGACUCGGAGAUCAAGUGUGAGGUGGUCAGCCCGGCCAGCACCAAGCCAAAGGUCACCUCCACCUGGCUCUCCGUCCUGUUUCCACCCAGGGAGCUGAUGGGUUCUCUAGAGCCUGAGGUGGCACAGGAGGGGUCCCAGGUUACUCUCACCUGCCUCACCUCGUCCAGCAACCCCCCCGCUAAUCUCACCUGGACGUCCCAAGGCUCACCGCCCCCCAUGGCCACCACCACCACCGCCCCGGCAGCCUUUGGGGGCACAAGUACGAGGUCUGAGGUGGUGAUGGUGGUGCAGGCCCUGGACCAUGAGAGGCGCCUGUCGUGUGAGGCGGACAACGGCUUCGGCUCAUCCCUGCAUAAGAGUUUUGUCCUGAAUGUCCUGCACGCUCCCGUGUGGCGAGAAAAGCCGCUGCAGCAAGUGGAUGUGUGGGAGGGCGAAGACGUCUCCAUCACUGCCAGCGCCUCGGCCAACCCCGGGCCCGUCAGGUACUGGUGGCGGCGCGGGGAGGAGACCCUCGUGGGGGCGGGAGGAGCACUGCGUCUGGGGUCUGCCGUGAGGAGCAUGGCCGGCAACUACUCCAUCAGCGCCUACAGCCAGCGUGGGGCCAUCAACACCUCCUUCUUCCUUAAUGUGCAGUAUGCACCAGACAGGGUGAUGGCCCCAGACAAAGUGAUGGUGGAUGAGGGAGAGGCGGUGGACAUCCGCUGCUCAGCCUCAGGCAACCCCUUACCCUCCCUCACAUGGAUGGCAGGGAACCAGAGCGUGGGGUCGGGCGUGGGUGUGGCCCGACUGGUGCUGCGCUCGGCUCAGAGGAAGGACACGGGGCUGUACACGUGUCAGGCAUCAGGCAGCCUUCCGUCACCCCCCCAGCCAGUGCCCACCAAGCUGAUCGUCACACAGCCAGUGACAAUAGCUGAGGAGGGGAACACAGUGAAGGGCUCCUGGGCCUCGCUGGGGGGAAGGGGUCGGCUGGUGUGCCAGGUGAGGGCAGCCCCGUCACCCACCUUCCUCUGGACCACGGACGAGGGAGAGAAGAUCUACAACAGCAACAAAUACCUCAUCCAUCAACCAACAGAGGUGGACGGCCUGGUGACCUGGUCCUCGGUGCUGGAGGUGUCCAACGUAUCCCUGCAGGACUACCGGCCUUACCACUGCUCCGCCACCAACCCCCUCGGCUCAGGCUCCACCGCCCUCACCCUCCAGCCCCCCUCACGGCCCCUCCCGCCCACCAACCUCACAGUUAUCAGCGUGAGCAAUGUGUCUGUGGUGCUGGGCUGGACCCCAAACCUGGAGGGCAGCCGUCCUGUGGGCUACACCGUCAGGUAUCGCCCCACUGGCACUCGCUACUACCAGUAUGAGGAGGUCCCUGACGGCAGCAGCACCAGCACUGAGGUGGGUGGCCUGACGCCUGACGUGGAGUACAGCCUCACCGCCCAGGCCAAGAACAACCAAGGCCACUCAGACUAUGUCACGCCGCCCAUCAUCGUCACUACGCUAGCAGGAGGAGGGGAGGUUGGAGGGGGUGAAGAUGCCUCCCAGGUCACCAGCUUCCUCCUCCUGGCAAUCAUCAUGGCAGUGUUUGGCCUCCUGGUGCUCAACGCCAUCGCCAUCGCCUGCUUCGUGCACCACCGCACCAAGAAGAGGGCGGCCCUGAGAGGCGUCCACCCUGCCAAAGCCAGCACAGCCAACGCACUGAGCAGCAUCACCGCCAACGCUGACCACCGCCACCACCACCACCUCCACCACCCACACAACCAAGUCCUGCUGGCUCUUGACAGUUUGUCCUGCCAGAGGAGUAAAAAGUCCAAGGGUCGUUUGAGGCCAGGCAGGAACAGGCUGGCCAAUGUGAUCCCCUUGCCCUCCCCUUCAGCCCAUCGGAACAAGAUGGCCCAUGUCGGGAAGUUCAGCAAGCACACAAAAGGUCCUCAGAAGAGCAGCUCAGCGUUUAUGCAUAACGGGAAAAUACCACGACCGCCUCCCUUCCACCAGCACAACAACAAGAGCGGCUCACACCCUCUGCAGGUCUUGGCGCCUGAGAACAGCAAAACCUCAAAGCAGAGAAAGCAAACCACUCCAUCGCCAAGUGUCCCUGAGGCGUGUUCCCUCCUUGUGGCACAUAACCAAGAGAAGAUCAUUGCCUCUAGAUCCAGACAUGCUAACAAUGACCAAGUACAGCUUUCAGACUCCUCACGGGAAAGCACACAAACGGCAAUCUUCUGUGAGGACAAUAUCCCUGAGCCACCUCCCAGAACAGCUCCAGAGAAACCCUUACACCUUCCAGAGCACCAGAGAGCACAGGUCAGUCUACACCAGCUGAACAGUGAGGUCAAGCAGUACUUCCAGAGCAGAGAAGCAGCCCAGCAAAGAAACACUGAAGAGGAAUCGAGUAAGAGCCUUGAGUACAUUAACUUAGACAACUGUACAGGAGACACUAUAGAGCCUGAGAGUGCAUCUGGCCAGGCCCAGGAAUACAACUACCACCAGGCAAGCCCAGCACAGGUAGAUGAAGAGCUGUUCACCUCGGACGACACCACCACCAGCUCGGAGUAUCAGGUCAUCAGGAACACUCGACCUGCACCACCCAUUCCAUUCUCACACGUACAAGAGGGACUUCAGACGUCAACCCACAUGAUGCAAGAGUCACGAAUCCCUCACCAGCAGCAAGAUAUCCAGCACGCACCAGGUCCUCCUCCACCACCCAAGAGCACCAAUACAAUACCGUCACCAGCAGCUCUUGAUUACUGGCCGCCCGCAACAUCACCAGGCCACAUGCAGCAACAUCGCGUGCACUCCGCUUCCCCCACCAGGGCAAGGAUGAUCCACCAGCCACCUGAGCCACCCAUCAAGCCCAGGCAGGUAAGGGCAGUCUCGUACUCACCAACCAUUCCACAACAGGGUGAGGGUGCCCCGGGAUCACCACCAAGUGUCAGGCAUCAAAGGACAGCAUCAGAGUCGCCUGUAAGAGUGACUCACCACACGAGGCAGGACUCACCAGGCAGAACGAGUCAGCAUAUGAGUCGAGCAUCACCAGUCAGAGUCGUCCACCAUGUGAGUCCCGAGUCACCAGAGAUAAUAAGACGUCAGUACCGGGCGCCAUCUGAGUCACCCGUCCGAACUGUUCACCACAUCAGCACUGAGUCACCAUCGUCAGCCAGGAGUGUGAUGAGGAGAAAUUCAGAGUCACCACACAGGCUUGCAGAACAUGAGGGAAUCUUAAAGUCACCAAGCAGGGAGAUGAGUAACUUGGUUCCUUCCCAGUCAGCAGCCAGGUCUAGACAGCAACCAGGAGAGUCACCAAGCAGAGUUAUACAGAGACACUUGGAAUCACCAGUUCAGUAUCGGGAGUAUCACAAGGCACCGCCAGAGUCACCAGCUGGCAGCCACGGUCACCACCCUCCACUCACACCCACUAGGCCACACCAAAACCAGGUCACCAGCACACCCAGGAGUUACAAAGCUCACCCAUCACCAGACUCACAAGUUGGACACCAGUCUAACCCCCCACACCAGGGCUUGCCUCACACACCACAGAGGCAGCAGCAGAACCAGUCACCAGGCCAUGUUGUCAUCAGCCGCCGAGCACAAACGCCUUCACCAGUCUCACACAAGAAUCCAAGACCCUCACCACUGUCUCCUAAAUCAAGUGUGCCUGACCUCACCUCCCCAGAACUCCACUUCAGCACCCCACAAGCUGCAUUCUCCUUAGGGCAGCUUAAUUCUCUCCAGCUCACUUCACUUCCUCCAUCAAACGCAGGUCGGUACAACCUUCCACCAACUCCACCUCGGCCCAAGAAGCCUCGGCAGCUCCCUUCAUUCCCUCCAUCGCAUCCCACACUGGUCCAGCCGUUGCCUCGACCGCCAACCAACACAGCUGCUCGCCAGUUAUCACCGGAGGAAAUAUCAACAUCAUUUGUGGUGCCUGAAGCUCCCCAAAUGCAGGACAAAGAACAGGCCUUGUCUCACCUGCCACCACCGAGGUCUGUCAGUGAAGCAAAAAGCCAUGAGAGCAAAAAGAGGUUCAGGGACAUUGUUAAGGCAUCCGGCUCCCCUAGCACAGUGCGUCGACAGGUUGCCAUUCAGACGGACAACUACCAGGUGGAACAGAGCACCCAGAGUGUAAGCAGCAUGGCCACACAGUUCGCCUCGGUCAACUCCCCCAUCGCCACCAGCUCGCCGCUCACCCACAGGCGCCGCGCACGCUUCCCUGAUGACUUCUUGUGGCAGGGCGCUUCAGGCAAGAUGUGAGAUGCUCUGAGUGUGUUUGGUAUAAAGAAAUAUGUUUGGUUUACUAGAUCCAUGAUACACUACAAGAUUAAAAGAGAAAGAAAGCUCAGAGGAGGUAGACUCUUGAGUGUACAUUGGCUUUGGUGAACUCAAGACUGUUACACAUUUUGUCUUCAGAUGAAUUUUACCAGAGCACAGAGAAGGCCACACUGACCGACCCCUGAAUGGUAUUAAUAAUCUUUCCUCAUCCUCAUCAGAGCCUUCAAAGUGUCAGUGUUCCAUGUUUAUUAUCUUAAUCAUUAUGGGAUGUACUGAUACUGAGAACCAACUAAGACAUACCAAACAAUUACUUUCAUGGGAGUGCAAAACAGAUUGUGAAGGUUUGGAGAGCAUCAAGCAGAGAGACAAGAAGAGAGGAAGCUAAAUCAGAUGGCACAAGAAAGAAUUAUGAACUCCAGAAGAAACAAAUGAUUACAAAGCAGAUACCCUGAAACACUGGAAUGAGAGAAGUGAGGAAGGUGAAAUGAGGAGGGGGCAGGGUGUGGAGUGCAUUGAGCAGUGAGAUAAGAAGAGGAAGGAAGCUGAACAAGAAAGAAGGAAUGAAGAAACAAAUUAACACAAAGCAGAUACCCUGAAACACUGGAAUGGGAGGAAGUGAGGAAGAAGGUGAAGUGAGGAGGGGUCAGGGUGUGGAGUGCAUUGAGCAGUGAGAUGAAAAGGAGGAAGCUGGAUUAGAAAGUACCAGAAAGGAGGACUCAAGAAAAAACAAAUCAUCACAAAGCAGAUUCCCCAAAGCCCUACUGAACAGGAUGAAACAAGGGAGGUGAAGUGAGGAAGGUAGAGGAAGCUUAACCAGAGCCACAAGAAAGAAUAACAACCAAGAAGAGAAGAAUAGACCCCAAAAUACCACCUUAAAACACUACAGACUGGGAUAAAGCAACUAUGGAAGGAAGAAAGGAAAGAAGGAUGGUUGAGACACACAGGGAUGACUUGGGCCUCAGAAAACCACAAGAAAGCAGGAACAACCAAGAAGAGAAGAAUAGGCCCCAAAAUACCACAUUAAAACACUACAGACUGGGUUAAAGGAAGGAAGGAAGGAAGGACGGUUGACACACAGGGAUGACUUGGACCUCAGACGCUGCCCCACAACAAUCUUCAUACACGAUCGUCUUCUUGCGUGACCUCGAGUGCCAGAAGGAGUCCGAUGAGGUUGAUGAGGCCUUGCAGCAUCCACUCGGAGCCUCCAGUAGUACCGUGGCCCGUGGUUGUUGCUGUGGUCGGCCUCGCGUGGGCGGGCGGUGCCGUGGCGGAGUCUAAAGCUGCUCUGCUGGGGGGGCUUCACUGACCUGCUGCAUCCACUUCGUAGGACGUACUGGUUUCUUGUCACGGUGUAUGUAAGACUUGUGUGCUGGCUGUUGCUGGUACUGAGCUGCGAGUGUUUAUAAGAGUUCGAGGAACUCCCAUUGUUUUUUUUUUUAUUUGAUUUUUUCUUGCUGAGGAAGCGUCUAGUCUGUCUACGGACGCUCCGCGAAGUAUUGAUGUGUGUUAGAGUAGGUCUGUUAAACAAAGUACAUUUUUAAUAAAUAUUACCAACGAAAUUUACUUUUAUGCUGAUAACUUUAAUAAUCUCUGCUGCACUACUAUAAGUAAAGGUCAAAGCAAUGAUUGGGAGGACUCUAUAGCGGAGUAGUAAGCAAACUGGUUAAUUAAUGUACGGCCCCCGAAAGGAUGAGGAUAGACUGCAGCAGCCUCGAUACAGAUGCAGCCAUCACCGCUGUAGGAUGCACCGGUCGCGGUUAGGAUUGCUUUGUUCCACUAA